CCCCGCAACAUCUGUGCUCGGCUUUGUUCUUGCAAGAAGAAACGAGCUAAGUGCCAAGACUUAACCCCCUUCCCCGUGGUUAUCUGAUUUUCUGCUAGUUCCAGCUGUUUCUCAGGACCCACUCAUAGUUUUCAUCUGACUAGUCUAAGAUUGUGUUUCUGUUUCUUCUUUGUGUGAGAAAGCUAUUGAUAGCAAUGGAUUUACUGCUUGACUUUAAUCAAUAGUACAGCCACCACCUGCAAACCACAGUAUUGAUAGCCAAGCUGCUAUCUGAGGCAAGUAAUUGAGCUGUGCCAGCCGUCCUUAGCAAAAUUACGAGGCAUCGACUUUACCAGCCCAAGGUGCAUAAUGUCGCUGCCAUUCCAUCAGCAAAUAGACGUACUUAUUCCGCCAAAUCCGAGCCCAGCAUUUCAAGACGACUUACCCAGCAGUAAAUUUCCCGGGGGCAGCGGAAUGAAUUAUUUCCAUGCUUUACAUCAUGACAGAGCAUACCUUCUCAACUCAUUACAACACGAGAAUCUCAAAGCUACAGACCUGCUGAGAAGGAGGACGAUAUUGGAAGAAAACUUAGCGAAAGGAAACUUUAUCUUUUCCAAGAGAAAGAUGCGGAGUCAAGUUGGCUGGCUCACUAGUCGAAUUCAAGAAACCGGUUUCCAAGAGAAAGCGAUACUGGCGCAACUAGGCCGAGUAACUUAUCAAAUUCAGAGACGUGAACGACAAAUUCAAGUAGAGAACGAAAUUCGACAAAUCGAGGUCCAAGUGCAGGACCCUUCUGAUAAUAACGAACCCGUCAAUCAAACACCACAGCUGUAUCUUAAUCCUGCUUUACCUGCGUUUGAGCAUGCUGAUUUCACAGCGAAUCAGGACCAGCACAUGAUGCCUGAGUGGGAACAAGAGAAUGGAGAUUAUGACUGGCAACAAAGCACACAUGAUCGUUUGGCCAGGAACUCGCAAACCGAAGAAAUAUCUCCGAUGGAUCAAGCAAGCGAUAGCCAUGAAGAAUCAGGAUUCUGUGAUUCUAGUAGACCCGCUUUGGGACAACGAACUGUUUCUAUGAAUGAUGCGCCCUCGGAUACAUGUUGCCUUCAACAUACUCACUCGCCCAGAUGGAAAGUCAAACGACUCAGCCUACCUACACUUCCAGAUAUUUCACAAAUAUGGCACCUGACAGCGGAUGAUGAGGGGGCAUUAAGCACAGAGUCUGGGCCAAGGGAGUCGAACCUCGAAUUGCGGGAAGAGGAGGAGACAUAAGGGCUUGUUAUCUCUUGACUGAUAGUCCUAUAUAUACGUAAACAUGAAAAUAGCAACUGACCCU